GUUGUUUUCUUCGAGUUAAGUAUGCGAGUUUACAAAUUGUACGAGUUAAGACGAUACUAUGCUAACGCAUCAUCAUUAGCAUUUUACUUUGAUACAGCCACAGUCCUUUUAAUUACAAUUGUUCCAUGGAUAAUUUCUUAUGUGACUGAUGAUCUGUAUAUAACUUUUUACGCUUUUCCGGAAAAACCUACCAUCUCCUUCAGCGGAAAACUGCUGCUUUACUUAAAAAAGGAAGAUGAUUUUAUCUUCUACUCAAAUAUCGCGUAUGAAGAAACAUUUCCAGACUUGCUGUCCAAUUACAGACCACCUCAGACAAGUUUCUACACCCAGCAGGAUCCUGACUCAGGUGAAAACAGUGGUGUAAAUGUUCACAUCAGAGUUCCACUUUUGUCUUCAGAAAAGGUAAUUGGCCUUACGGUCAUACUACUGGUAGACGUAACUUCAUGGCGCUUUUAUAAUAACCACACUGAUGUCUCCAUAGUUAUCAAUAAGUCUUUUCAGUCACCUGUCAGUAAAGUUGUGUACUCUGGAGAUCUUGUGUGGUCCGAAAAUUACAUGGAACCCUUCGUAAAAUCAAGGGCUAAUUUCAAAGGUAAGACAUUCCCAAAACAAAUCUUUGACACAUACUCCAAUCUUUCGGAAGUUGGACUCUACUUACUUGAAGAUAGGAUUUAUGUCCCAACAACACUUGAUAGUCUUUCUGGAGAGUUCGAGCUUGAUUUCUCUGUCCACUUUUCUUCCCUGAGAAUUAGUACUAACCCUGGAUUUUGGUAUACUAUCAAGUUUGCAUGGAUUCAAUAUCUAUCGAUAGCUCUAAUAUUCUUUUAUUUUGCUGAAAAAAUGCGCUCAUAUGCUUAUGGUCAACAAAUAGUAAGAACAGUGGUGCAUUCAACCAUUCCAAUAUCGACGCAAUUAGAGUGAUAUUAUUGGUAAUUUUGAUGACGUUAAUUGUGAAAUAGGGUUUUUAACUCAAUAUGAAGCAGUUUAAGAAAGGA